AUGAAGGUGUCCGGCCCUUUGGUGGUCGCCGAGAAUAUGUCAGGCACCAAGAUGUACGAGGUGGUCCGAGUGGGCAAGGAUCGCCUGGUGGGUGAGAUCAUCCGGCUCGAGGGUGACACUGCCAGUAUCCAGGUCUACGAGGACACCUCCGGCCUGACGGUUGGGGAUCCGCUGGUGAAGACGGGCUUGCCGCUUUCACUAGAGCUGGGCCCUGGGAUCCUUGAUGGAAUCUACGAUGGUAUCCAGCGACCACUGGAGCGAAUUCAGCAGCUGGCACAGAGCGUCUUUGUCCCGCGAGGGGUCGAUGUGCCAAACCUGGAUCGCGACAAGCCGUGGGACUACAUCCCAGAGAACAACAUCAAGGUUGGGGACCUUGUGACCGGAGGUGACGUGGUCGGCGUGGUUCGUGAGAACGGGCUCUUCAAGAGACACUUGAUUAUGAUCCCGCCUGGCGUCAAGGGACGGGUCACCAAAGUGAUGCCAGCAGGGAAGUACACCAUCGCGACACCUGUGGUAGAAGUGGAAGAGGCUGGCAAGACGAUGAAGGUCGAACUGUUCCAGAGAUGGCCAGUGCGAGAGGCUCGACCUGUCGUUGAGAAGCUUCAAGGUAAGGAAGCCCUGCUUACCUGCGAGCGGGUCAUUGAUGCCCUGUUCCCAGUCACUCUGGGCGGUACGGCCGCUGUGCCGGGAGCCUUCGGGUGCGGAAAGACAGUCAUCUCACAGGCGUUGUCGAAGUACUCCAAUGCCGACUGUGUGGUUUAUGUCGGAUGCGGCGAGCGUGGAAACGAGAUGGCAGAAGUGCUCACGGAUUUUCCGGAGCUGACGACCAUGAUUGACGGAAAGGAAGAGCCGAUCAUGCAGCGGACAACUUUGGUGGCAAACACCUCAAACAUGCCGGUGGCUGCGCGAGAAGCAUCCAUUUAUACAGGUGUGACGACCGCGGAGUACUUUCGAGAUAUGGGCUACAACGUUGCAAUGAUGGCCGAUAGCACUAGCCGGUGGGCCGAAGCAUUGCGAGAGAUCUCCGGACGUCUGGCAGAAAUGCCGGCAGAUGCUGGCUACCCUGCUUAUCUAGGAGCUCGUUUGGCCUCCUUCUACGAGCGAAGCGGUCGCGUCCAGUGCCUGGGCAACCCGCCUCGUGAGGGUUCGAUUACCAUCGUCGGCGCCGUGUCCCCACCAGGUGGUGACUUCACCGACCCUGUGACUUCUGCAACGCUGAGUAUUGUGCAGGUCUUCUGGGGCCUUGACAAGAAGCUUGCUCAGCGAAAGCACUUCCCGGCAGUGAACUGGAACAUCUCCUUCUCCAAGUACAUCCGCAUCUUGGAGCCGUAUUUCGAGAAAUAUGACACUGAGUACAGCAUGCUCCAGCAGAAGAUGAAGGAGAUUCUGCAGAAGGAAGAUGAUCUGCAGGAAAUUGUGCAGCUCGUCGGAAAGGACUCGCUGUCAGAAGAUCAGAAGUGCACGCUAGAGGUUGCCAAGAUCAUCCGUGAGGACUUCCUGCAGCAGAAUGGUUUCACUGACUACGAUUUCAUGUGCCCUUUGGCCAAGACCAUUGGCAUGAUGAAAGUCAUUGUUGGAUUCCACGAGGCCGCCCAGAAGAUGAUGGCAGAGUAUUCCGGUGAGCACAAGGUUGGUUGGAACACCAUCGCGGUAGCCAUGAAGGACAUGAUCAAGAAGAUCACGGACAUGAAGUUCGAGAUGCCCCGCCAGUCCGAGGAGCACUUCAAGCGCACCUUCGUGUCUCUGCACGACGAAGUGCUCGCUGCCUUCCGCACAUUGGCCGAGGUGCUUGCCACAAGACAAUGCUUCGCCUUUGUUCCAGUGCCUGGCCCUGCGCAGCCGGCACCAGAAGGCUUCCGAUUGGCACAGCAGGUAGCACACACGGUCGUCCUUCGACUCGACUCCGAGUUGCAGGCUUUCUCAAUGCUCCGUUUCGGCCACGCAGGAGCCAUACUGCAGCAAUGCUGGCGCUUCCAGUGUUGGAUGGUGCUACAUCACCUACUUUGUUGGAUAUUGUCCGCAUUGGCAGCGAUGCGCAGCUUCGUGUGGCAGACCCGUCAAGCCAGUCGAGCUAUUGCAGGGCAACUUUGUUCACCAACAGGAGGGUUCCGGCCUGUCUUGGCCUGGCACCCAGAUGCGGCAUCGCUGGCCUCAGUGUCACCUGCUGGUCACGUGGCAGUGCACAGCCUGGUCAGCGAAUCGACGGAGCACCUCCACGUUCAAGGGGAUGGGGUCUGGCCAGUAGCUGCUGUUGCGUGGCAACCUUGUGAUCUGAGCAGCUUGGCCGUGGCCGGUCCUCUCGGUCUCUGCUUUUGGCGCCGCAAAAGCAGCUGGCAGAGGAUCUGGUCGCUGCAGGGUGAGGCCUUCGCCUCUUCAGCAUUGGAUUGGUCUCCCGAUGGCCGGGCUUUGGCUGCUGCCGGCCCGCUUGGUGCCGUACAUAUACUGGGACCCCACAGCGCCCUAGUCGGUGAUCAGGUGCUCCCGAGUCAGUUCAUGCGCUUGCAACGAUGGUGCAGCGGAGGUGAGGCAACAUGCGUUGCAUGGUCGCCGGACGCCGUGCUGCUGGCAGUGCUGCACUGUCAAGAGGACAGUGAGCCUUCCGUCCGGCUUUGGAGCACUCGCAACUGGGAGGUCGCCGCCGUGGUGGGUCUGGGCGCGCCGCCUGCAGGCCCUGAGCUAGGUGCUUCACUUGCUUGGAUGAGCUCUGAGCUGUUGCUAGCCACGGCAUCCGUAUUCCUCGUCGAAAUUGCAGUUCGAGGCGGCGCUGCAGCGAGCAUCGGUGCCUCGCGCCUCGGCGAGGACACUGCCUUCGCAUGGAUGGCUGAGCCAGGGGUGCGUGCGGCAACACUUCCUGGCCAGGAGUCGCGGAGAGUGCUCGAAGUGAGCGUUUGCCCGCGCUCGGCGCAGCGGCUGGCCGUGCGCCUCGAAGGUUGCAGGGAGGUGCUUGUUUAUGAGCGUCCAACUUGUGGUUUGGCGGGCUGGUCGCAUCGAGAGCUGAGUCCCUGUGGCAUCCUGGCGGCAGAAGGUGCCGUGCCGGCAGCACUGGCCUUUGCAGCACACGCGCCGCAACGAAGUGCUGCAGGCUCUCUGCUAGCCGUGUAUUGGCACUUGCACAGCGGACGGCAUGAGGUGCGAACCUAUCCCAUGCACUUCUUGCCUUCGUCAGUCUUGGAGAACAGCGCCGCUACGAGCGCGCUCUUCUGA